UGUUUCUCAGAAAUCAAGGGAGGGAACUGUAGGGUUUCCUGAGAUGGAAGGGAACCGGGUAGUCUGGUUCCCCUUAAGAAUUUGAAGGAAUGUUUGAAUCUGUGAAGGGUCACUCCUAAGCGUAUAAAGCCCCUCCACGGGAUAGCGCGGGGCACCCAUUUUCUCCACCUGUUUCCCGCUCUGGGGCUUGCAGGCAUCUUUGUCUAAACGCUACUUUUCUCAACCGAGCCCUCUGGUAGGAAGAAUUUAAAGGAAAAAAAGAGUCAAAGGAUCAAAAUGUAAUUGCUUUAGGCACUCAGGAGGAUGCUGAGGGAUGGAUAGUUUAAGGGUUUGCUAAGCUUGAAGGCCCAGGACUGUGAGAGGAGAGGAUCCCGAACUCUCAGUGAGUCCCAGAGGGCUUGAAGAGUCAAGGAAAGGGACACUCCUUAUACUCUAGCCUUUUUCUUUUUCUUUUUCUUUUUUUUUCUGGCACACCAGGGCAUUGAAUUUUCUCAGACCUCUGUCUCUCUUUGAAGGACGUGUAUUGAGCACCCAAGGCAUACAGGGCUCUGAGAUAGGCAGUCAUCACAGAGAUGAAUCAUACUUUCUCUGCUUCUCCCAUUGUCUCCCAUGGUUCCUCAAUCCUCACACCCAAGGCCCCUGGAACUCCCUCCCUCCACCUCUUUCCAGGUUCCCCGUUGAGAGGUGGCCGUUGCCAUGGUAACAAUGACACAGUGACCUUGGGCCUGGGCUGUCCCUCCUCCUACCCUGGCGCUCUUAGAUGAGCCUAAAAGGGAAUUCUAACCCUGCCUCUCCUUCUCAGCCUUCGGGUUCUCCACUCCUUCAUCCCCUUUCAAUCCAUGUUCCCUUGUCCUCAGUCAAAACAAAGCCUUUGUGGAGACGUUCUGCAUAGAAUAUCUCUAAACUGGGCUAUGGAGAAAUGCCCUUAGCCUUCCGUGUUCUGGGACAUUUGGAUCAAGCUUGUCCCUCUGCUAGAGGCUCCACCCUAUCCAUGUUACUUCCGAUCACAGCCUCAGUCCCCAAUGGCUGGAGGUAGGAAAGAGAGGUCUGGGGUUAAGAGGAGGCAUCUAACGAAGAGGUUGAGGAACUCCUGGGCUGUCAAGACCAGAGGGGCGGUGGAACUUGUCUGAGUUUACGCAGUCACAAACUCAAAUGCUUAACAGCUAACUCCCCCAUUGCGCGAUUCCCGUGAGCCAUGUGUUUGGGGGCGCCAUACAAGCAAGCAUUAGUUCAACUAAUUUCUUAGGUAAUGAAGUAGCCAUGGUUAACUCAAUUUGAAGACAAAGAAAUGGAGGCGCAGAAGCCAAAGCAUAGACUAUCCCGUGCCCAAGGACCACACCAAGGUUCUUUGGGCCUCAACAGCCUUCGCCUCCCUUCCCUCCUCCCUCCUCACUAUCCUUUGGGUAGAACUGCAAAUACUCCAAUCAGAAAGGGCCAUGUAGGUGAUUUGUCCAAUCAAGAGCAAGUUUGGAAAGCAAGGGAGGGGGGCAGUUCGAUGGGUUUGUUCAGUCUUCUUAGAAGUACCAGCAUCUUCCAAGAAGUACCAGCACCCUGCUGCCUAACCUAUUUUUUUUUUAAAAUAUUGAUGUAUUUUAUUAAAUUGUAUGUGUGUGUGUGUGUGUGUGUGUGUGUGUGUGUGUGUGUGUGUGUGUAUUCUUUGGGCAGGAAGGCAAAAAUGCAGAGUGUGGCUUAAGCAGUAGUGGGUGGGGCUUGAGUUUGUGGGUGGAACUAGGAUGAAUAUUAUAAUUAAGCCUACAAAUAGGGGUUGGGAUUUAGCUCAGCGGUAGAGCGCUUGCCUAGCGAGCGGAAGGCCCUGGGUUCGGUCCCCAGCUCCGGAAAAAAAAAAAAAAAAAAAAAAAAAAAAAGAAAAGAAAAAAAAAGCCUACAAAUAGUUGGUGGUAGUUGGUGGUGGUGGUUGAUGGUGCAGGGAUGGCGCACUCGCCUUUACUCCCAGCACCGGGAAGGCACAGGCAGGCGGAUCUCUGGGAAUCGGAGGCCAGUCUGGUCUAUAGAGUGAGUUCCAGGACAGCCAAAGCUACAAAGAAACCCUAUCUUGAAAAAAAACAAAAAAGAGAAGAAUAGGAAUUAUGGGUCUCAGGCUGGGCGUAGUGGUGCACGCACCCCUUUACUCCCAACACUGGAGAAGCAGAGGCAGGCAGAUAUCUCUUAGUUCAAGGCCAGGUUGGUUUACACAGCAAAUUUGGUGCCAGCCUGCCAUCUAGAGCUAGAUUUAUGCUUUAGAGGCAGCAGGUGGGACCAAAAUUGGGGGUAGGGCCCAGGUGAGGAAUUAGAGGCUAGCUCAUGAGUCUGUGUUGGAAGAUCUGUUGCAGGAGUUCGCGCUCUGAUCAGGCGACUGCACUGUGUGCUUUCAAUGGCCCCUUCUCUCACGUAUCCAUCAUGCGUUUCUAUUACCUUCCCCUCCUCCCACACCUCCAGUCUCUUAUAUGCUAUGUCUGCAUAUGUGGACUUCCUCUUCAUUCAUAAGCUAUGCUGCUGCCAUUUAUCAUCUGCGUGACGCUGGGCAAGUGACUAGAUCUCUCUGCCUCAGUGGUUCUCAUCUGUAAAAUAGGGAUAGUCAGGGGAGCGCCUUCCUACUUGAAUACCUGCUAUGUCUAUCUGGUUUGUUUGCUGCUGUUGUUCUACCUCAUUAUGUGUGUUACAUGUGCACACACACACGUGUGUGUGUGUGUGUGUGUGUGUGUGGUGUGUGUGGUGUGUGUGGUGUGUGUGGUGUGUGUGUAUGGCAGAGGUCAACUUUCAGGUGUUGUUUCUCAGAAAUUGGUUCACCUUAUUUUUAUUUAUUUAUUUAUUGUUGUUUUUGUUAAUGAUUGAUUUAUUUUUAUGUGCAUUGGUGUUUUACCUGCACACAUGCCUGGCAAGGGUGUCAGGUCCCCUGUAACUAGAGUUACAGUCAUGAGCCACCUGUGUGGGUGCUGAGACUUGAACCAGGGUCCUCUAGAAGAGCAGCCAGUGCUCUUAACCACUGAGCCAUCUCUCCAGUCCCCUACCUACUUUGAGUCAGGGUUUUUCUAUGUAGCCCUGGCUGUCCUUGAACUCCCUCCAUAGACCAGGCUGGCCUUAAACUCAGAAAUCUGCCUGCCUCUGCCUCCUGCGUGCUGGGAUUAAAAGCAUGAGCCACCAUGACCUUGUUUUUCUUUCUUUUUAAAUUACUUUAUCUGUGUGGGUGUUUUGCCUGCCUGCACAUCUGUGCAAUACUUGCAUAUCUGGUGCAUGUGGAGGUCAGAAGGGCUGAGGAUCCCCUAGGACUGGAAUUACCAUUGUCAGCCACCAUACAUCACAGACGGGGUGCUGGGAAUUGAACCUCGGUGCCCUGCAGUAGCAAUGAGCACUCUUAACAGAUGUGCCAUUUCUCCAGCCUUGCUCUACCUGGCUUAUGAGACAGAAUCCCUCACUGGGGCCUAGUGCUGGGCAGAUUAGGCUACAUGGGGUGGUCAAAAAGUUCCAGGGAUCCAUUUGUCUCAGCCUUCACAGAGCCUGGGUUACUGGAGCAAGCCACCAUCCCCCUGUGCUACACAGCAAGCUCUUCACAGGCUGAGAGAUCUCCUCAGUCCCUUUCUUUCUCCUUCUGUCUCCUCAACCCUGUACCCCCUUGCUAUAGCUAAAAGGUGAGGUGGAGAUGGUACCUGGAGAGAGUGGAGCAGGCGUAGUCUGGAGAGGGGAGACUGGGCGCAUCCCCUGAUGCUCCUCAUGGUUUGAAUGAACUAUUGUCAUCCGCAUCUGUGAGCUGUUCUGGAGGCAUGACUCGGAAGGACUUAUGGGGUUUGGGUGAGGAUCUCCAUAUGGGGGGGGGGUGUCCCUAAACGGGCAGUGUUUAAGACACUAGGGAUCUGGGGACUGCGAUAAGAUAGAUACUGAUUUUUUUUCCUUUUUUUCUUUUAGUUCUCGCCACUAUGAGUUUUAUGGGCAGGCGUUGACACCAGAGCAGAGUGCACGGCGCCAUGCCUUGGAAAAUUGAGGAAGUCAAGGACUUUCUGCUCACAGCCUGGCAGAGAGAUGCCACAUCUGUCAAGAUCAAGAAGACCAAGGAUCAUGUGAAUGAAGUUCAAGGCUCACUGCAGCAGAUACCUCUACACUGUGGUCACCACAGACAAGGAGAAGGCAGAGAAGCUGAAACAGUCUCUACAGAUUGACAGUGAAGAAGCUGAACUGAACCAGAGCUCUGCAUUUGACUUUUAAAAACCCUGAGAAGCAAUAUAUAUAUGGCCUUGCAGAGUUUGGGGGCCCAGCGUGUAUGUCAGAAAGAGACGGAACAUGGCCUGAGACACCCAGUGGACUCUGAGGACAGGGCGGGAGGUCAGCUCUGGGGUAGGAGUUGGAUACUGAAGGUCCAAAGGAGUAAGCAAGGUACCGGCCCAGGCCCUGACUCCUUGAAGAGAGCACUUGCAGGUCAGCAAGAGGGUUUAGCAGGUAAAGGAGCUUGCCGCACAAGCCCAGCAGCCCAAGUUCGAUUCCUGGAAGCCACAUGAAGAUGAAGAAACCGAGAUUCAGAGAGGUUCAGACACUUGCCCGAGGUCACACAGCUAGUCUCUCCCACUCCUCCUGCCUCCCCCGUGCACCAUGGCUCCAGGCCCCUUCUCCUCCGGGCUCCUCUCGCCACCACCUGCUGCUCUCCCUUUUCUGCUGCUGCUCUGGGCAGGAGCAUCUCGUGGCCAGCCCUGCCCCGGUCGCUGCAUCUGUCAGAACGUGGCACCUACACUGACCAUGCUGUGUGCCAAGACCGGCCUGCUCUUCGUGCCACCCGCCAUCGACAGGCGUGUGGUAGAGCUGCGGCUCACUGACAACUUCAUUGCGGCUGUGCGUCGUCGAGACUUCGCCAAUAUGACCAGCCUGGUCCACCUCACCCUGUCUCGAAACACCAUUGGCCAGGUAGCAGCUGGCGCCUUUGCUGACCUCCGUGCUCUCCGGGCCCUGCAUCUUGACAGCAAUCGUCUUGCAGAAGUGCGAGGGGACCAGCUCCGGGGCUUGGGUAACCUCCGCCACUUGAUCCUUGGCAACAAUCAGAUCCGUAAGGUGGAGUCGGCAGCCUUUGACGCUUUCCUGUCCACCGUGGAGGACCUGGAUCUAUCCUACAACAACCUGGAGGCACUGCCAUGGGAGGCGGUGGGUCAGAUGGUGAACUUGAACACCCUCACGCUGGACCACAACCUCAUUGAUCACAUUGCGGAGGGCACCUUCGUGCAGCUGCACAAACUCGUGCGCUUGGACAUGACCUCUAACCGCCUACAUAAACUGCCCCCCGACGGACUGUUCCUGAGGUCCCAGGGCGGUGGGCCCAAGCCACCUACCCCACUGACCGUCAGCUUCGGUGGCAACCCGCUGCACUGCAACUGUGAACUGCUCUGGCUUCGGCGCCUGACCAGGGAGGAUGACUUGGAGACAUGUGCCACGCCCGAGCAUCUCACUGACCGCUAUUUCUGGUCCAUCCCCGAGGAGGAAUUUCUCUGUGAGCCCCCGCUCAUCACACGACAGGCAGGCGGCCGGGCCCUAGUUGUGGAGGGCCAGGCUGUCAGUCUGCGCUGCCGGGCGGUGGGUGACCCAGAGCCCGUGGUGCAUUGGGUGGCACCGGAUGGGCGGCUGCUGGGGAACUCCAGCCGGACUCGGGUCCGUGGUGACGGAACGCUGGAUGUGACUAUCACCACCCUGAGGGACAGCGGUACCUUCACUUGCAUAGCCUCCAAUGCUGCAGGGGAAGCCACUGCACCUGUGGAGGUAUGUGUGGUGCCUCUGCCACUCAUGGCGCCCCCACCUGCUGCCCCGCCGCCUCUCACUGAACCUGGUUCUUCUGACAUCGCCACACCGGGCAGACCUGGUGCCAACGACUCAGCCACUGAGCGCAGGCUUGUGGCUGCUGAACUUACGUCCAGCUCUGUGCUCAUCCGCUGGCCGGCCCAGAGGCCAGUGCCUGGCAUCCGCAUGUACCAAGUGCAAUACAACAGCUCUGCGGAUGACUCCCUAGUCUACAGGAUGAUCCCUUCUACCAGCCAGACCUUCCUGGUGAAUGAUUUGGCGGCUGGCCGCGCCUAUGAUUUGUGUGUGUUGGCAGUCUACGACGAUGGGGCCACCGCUCUGCCGGCCACCAGAGUGGUGGGCUGUGUGCAAUUCACCACCGCGGGAGAUCCUGCACCAUGCCGCCCGCUGAGGGCCCACUUCUUGGGCGGCACCAUGAUCAUCGCCAUCGGGGGCGUCAUCGUAGCCUCGGUCCUCGUUUUCAUCGUUCUGCUCAUGAUUCGCUACAAAGUGUAUGGCGAUGGGGACAGCCGCCGCAUCAAGGGGACGUCCAGAUCGCCCCCUCGGGUCAGCCACGUGUGCUCUCAGACCAAUGGUUCAAGUGCACAGCAAGCCUCCGCCCCACCAGCUCCAGACCGCUACGAGGCGCUGCGGGAGGUGGCUGUCCCUGCAGCCAUCGAGGCAAAGGCCAUGGAGGCCGAGGCGACUUCCACUGAGCUAGAGGUGGUGCUUGGACGCUCUCUGGGUGGCUCGGCCACCUCUCUGUGCUUGCUGCCCUCCGAGGAAACUUCAGGGGAGGAAUCUAGGGCCGUAACCGGCCCUCGAAGGAGCCGUUCGGGGGCCUUGGGGCCUCCAACUUCAGCACCCCCAACGCUAGCUCUGGUUCGUGGGGGAUCCCCGGCCCGGCCGAGGCCACAACAACGCUAUUCCUUUGAUGGGGACUACGGGGCGCUGUUCCAGAGUCACAGUUACCCGCGCCGCGCCCGGCGGACAAAGCGCCACCGGUCCACGCCCCACCUGGACGGGGCUGGAGGGGGCGCGGCCGGGGAGGACGGAGACCUGGGGCUGGGCUCCGCCCGGGCACGCCUGGCCUUCACCAGCACCGAAUGGAUGCUGGAGAGUACGGUGUGAGCGGCGGGCGCACGGGCACCGGGACGCCUGUGGGCCGCACUUAGUUGCCCAGCCCGGCCGGAUGCGGGGGAGGCUGGAGAGAAGGGACGCGCGAGGGGCGGGGCCUACCGCAGUCAAGGCCACGCCCACCAGCCUCCGGAUUGGAGGAAGGCCGCCGGCCUCUCCGACUCCACCCCUCUGCCCUGUCCCCCGCGCGCUCGCGGACCUCGCCGGAGCCGGUGCCUUACACAGCGAAGCGCGGGGAGGGGCGGGGCCCCCCCACACUGCAGCACUGAGACACGAGUCCCCUACCCUACCCGGGACCCUGGGGCAGGGGCGAGGGGCCCAUUCCUUGUAUCUGGCUGGACUAGAUCUCUUCUGCCCCGCGGCGGCCUCCAAAGCCUCCCGUCCCCUCACCCAGCCCCAUCCCUGGUCCCACCAGUCUGGUUUGGAGGGAGGGGCUUCUUUUUUCUCUCUAUGUCCUAGUCUUUCCUGCCCUCUGUCGUCUGUUUUAAGUCCUUCCCUACUUGUCUCCCUUUUUUCUGUCCCAUUGUCGUCUCUUCUCCCUCUGCCCUCCCUUGUUUUUGGUUUUUUGUUUGUUUGUUUGUUUUUUGUUUUGUCCAGUGUCCGUGUCUCUCCCGAUUCCCUGUCCUCACCAUCUUCCGGGCAGGUCCCACUGAAGGACCAGACUCUUCUAUCUUCCUUAUCCCCACAAUGAAUUCCCCACACAAACAAAAACCAAAUCCCACUCCGGAGCCGGGACCCUCCGCCGCAGCAGAAUUAAACUUUUUUCUGUGUCUGA